AUGGCUCUCCCCACGACCCAGAAGCAAUGGCUCAUCCAGGGCACUGGCAAGGGCUUCGAGACCCUCGUCUACCAGGAUGCCCCAGUCCCCCAACCCGGCGACAAUGAUGUCCUCGUCAAGCUCCAGGGCGCGUCGAUCAACUACCGCGACCUGAUCAUUCCCCAGGGGAAGUAUCCCUUCCCGCUAAACUUGCCCAUUGUUGCAGGCUCCGACGGUGCCGGCACGGUUGUCGCGGUCGGCCGCAACGUGACGAAGUGGAAGCCGGGCGACAAGGUCUUGACGCUGUUCAACCAGGGCCAUCAGUCUGGUGCCGUUGAUGUUAAGGCUGCUCAUACGGGUCUGGGUGGAUGCAUUGAUGGUACCCUGCGCCAGUAUGGCGUGUUUAAUGAGAACGGCGUAGUUGCUAUGCCGAAGAACCUUGACUUUGUCGAGGCUGCGUCGUUGGCCUGCGCGGCGCUUACGAGUUGGAAUGCGUUGUAUGGAUUAAAGAGGUUGGAGAAGGGGCAGACGGUUCUUGUUCAGGGCACUGGUGGUGUGAGCUUGUUCGCUUUGCAGUUCGCAAAAGCUGCGGGCGCCACUGUCAUCGCAACCACCUCUACGGCCGAGAAGGCUGAAGUCCUCAAGAACCUCGGUGCCGACCACGUCAUCAACUACCGCGAGGACCCGAACUGGGGCGAGACCGCUCGCAAGCUGACCCCCGGCGAGGAGGGCGUCGAUCACAUUAUUGAGGUCGGCGGCGAGGGGACCAUGACUCAGAGCUUGAAGGCGAUCAAAAUGGAGGGCGUCAUCUCCAUCAUCGGCUUCCUGGGCGGCGCCCAUCCUAAGGACAGCAUCCUCGAGGCGUUGUCACACGUCUGCGUCAUCCGCGGUGUCUACGUUGGCUCGCGGGUGCAGCUUGAGGAGAUGUGCAAGGAGAUCGAGAAGCAUGAUAUCCAUCCCGUUAUUGACAAGACGGUGUUUACCUUGGAGAAGGCCAAGGAGGCGUAUGAGUACAUGUGGGCCCAAAAGCACUUUGGCAAGAUUGGCAUCAAGAUUGAGUAA